AUGUAUGUUCAAAUUCUAAAUAAUAAUUUCUACAAUAUCUUUUUAGAUAUUCAAGACCAUUUGGAACUCUUUCCAGGAUCUCCAAAAAGUGGACUAAAUUACAUUUUUUCACAUUAUUUUGGUGUGUUUAUUGGGGCAACAUGCAUUUUUAUCGGAUAUUCAAUUAUUAAGAGAAAUCACCCAAUAGUCAAUCCAAAAAUUAUUUUACCUUCAUUAUUAAGUGGAGCAAUUUGGGGUUGUGGAAUGAUGUGUUUGUUCCUUUCAAACGAUUUACUUACCCAAACAGUUUCAUACCCAAUAUUAAUUACUAUUCCCGGUUGUGUUGCUUCUGUUUGGAGUAUUUUUUAUUUUAAAGAAAUACCUUUGAAUCGAAAGAAUUUAUAUAUUAUUCUACUUUCAUUUACUUUUAUUUUUGUUGGUGCUUUACUUGUUUUUGUUUCAAAGAGAAGAGUUAAUUUAUAA